GCAAUUUUAGUUAAACGCAGCAUUAAUUGCAGUACUGUAACUGAAUUAAGGGGGUAUAAACCAUGCAACAUCGACUUUCACAAUAGGUUGAAUAUUUUUCAAGUGGCGCAAGUCUCUCCAGCGACCCAGUGGCGGUUCUAGUCGCUAAGUCACGUAAGUGAGGUGGGAAACGCCGCAAGGUUGCCAUAUCUGCUAGAAUACUGCAUUUUUGUCAAUUUUAUAGUAAUUUUUCAGAAAUCUCCUCUCUCUCUCUCUCCAGUAUGAAAAGACGGUGUGCCAUAUUCCUGAACUUAGUUCUAACUCUGUGUGAUGUUGUUGUGACAACUGUGAUAUUUUCUCACGGAACGAACUUCCACUACCACUUCACCGUGGACUUGUACAUGUAUGACUUCAGUCAUUCGCUGUUCGACCUGUGGAUUUUCACACUUAUUCGCUCGUCAGUGAUCCUCGGCUUAAUAUGUGCAGCGAUUUAUAAUCCAGUCGCUGCAAUACCUCGGGCCAAAUUUAUCAAGAAAGUGGUUCUCUUGUUUUCUGCUUUGAUGUUUAUGUACAUCAUGGCUAAACUUCUGGGAUUGUCGGACUUCUCAGAAAAUAUGCACGACGCUUGGAUGUGGGGUAUGUUGGGGUGGACUGCUGCAGCCUCGUUUCUGUUUUACGGUGAAUGGAUAUUGAUAAGUUCAGUUACUGUUUUAAUCGACGUUAAAAAUAUAAAUAGCGAUGAAGAGACUUCACCAUUAUUAGGUAAUGGAUCAGCGGGGAAGGAAUCAAAGGAGAAGAGUGAAACAGCUAAAGCAAAGCGUGUUCCAGUGAGAAGACUUUUCUCGUAUAUGCUUCCUGAUUGGCCUCUUAUACUAGUUGGGUUUACAUUUCUUAUUCUGGCAUCAGCAGGUAGAAUCUUUAUUCCUUUUUACACCGGUGAAGUGAUUGAUGGGAUAGCCAUUGAUAAAUCGAAGGAAAAAUUCACACAUGCCAUCAUUACCAUGUCCUUAAUCACUUUGGGCAGUGCCAUUUCAGCUGGCAUCCGUGGAGGUUGUCUGUCCCUGGUUCUCAGUCGACUUGCCAUUCGUCUGCGUAAUUGUCUCUUUGCUUCCAUUAUGAAGCAGGAAGUGGGAUUCUUCGACUCUGUAAAGACAGGCGAUAUUACGUCACGGCUGACGUCGGACACAACCACCACGAGUGAAGCUCUGUCGCUGAACAUGAAUAUUUUUCUCAGAAGCUUGAUCACAGCAGGUGGUGUGGUGUUCUUCAUGUUUAAACUAUCUUGGCGACUGACCGUGGUAACAUUCAUAGGUCUUCCAAUAUUACUGGGUGUGGCUCACGUGUAUGGUAAUUAUUAUGAGAAAUUGGCAGAACGUGUACAGGACAGUCUGGCAAAGGCUAACUCUGUAGCAGAGGAGGCGUGUUCUACCAUGAGAACGGUUCGCAGCUUUGCCAAUGAAGAAGGGGAGAUAACCCGAUACAAGAAAUCACUUGAGGAUACGUACAAGCUAUAUAAGAAGGAGAGUCUAGCCUACGCAGGCUAUAUGUGGUCAACUCAGAUCUUGGAGCUGGCUCUAACAGUGAGUGUUCUGUAUUUUGGCGGCCAUCUUGUUAUUGCUGACAAACUUUCUGGAGGAAAUCUGGUGUCAUUCAUUCUUUAUACGCUGGAGCUUUCCAGUGCCCUCGAUAGUUUAGCAAGUGUGUACACUGGUAUUAUGCAGGCCAUUGGGGCAUCACAUAAAGUGUUUGAAUAUAUCGAUAGAAAACCGGUUUUGUCUACAUCUGCUGGAAAAUUCAUUCCCGACACUCUUGAUGGCAAGAUGGAUUUUAGAGAUGUCAGUUUUGCCUACCCGUCCAGACCCGAGACUUUAGUCUUAAAGAAUAUCAGUUUCACGGUGAAGCCCGGUGAGAUUGUGGCUCUGGUUGGACCGAGCGGUGGGGGUAAGAGCUCCUGUGUUAACCUCGUAGAACAUUUCUACGAGACGAGUACGGGCGAUGUUCUUCUCGACUCCGUGCCCAUACAGGACUAUGACCACAAGUACCUGCACAAGAAGAUUGCCUUGGUGAGUCAAGAACCCGUUUUGUACGGCCGCACCAUCCACGAGAACAUUGCUUAUGGCCUGGACGAAUGUACCGACGAGCAGGUCAAACAGGCGGCCAUCUUGGCCAACGCUGACCAGUUCAUCAUGGAGAUGAAGGACCAGUACCAGACACAGACUGGGGAAAAGGGGGUGCAGCUCUCGGGAGGUCAGAAACAGAGGAUAGCGAUUGCCCGAGCUCUGAUUAGAGACCCACGAGUCCUACUCCUCGAUGAGGCAACCAGUGCACUGGACGCGGAGUCGGAGCAUAUGGUGCAACAAGCACUAUACAGCAACAUGAGUGGGCGGACUGUGAUUAUUAUCGCACACCGACUGAGCACAGUGGAAAAAGCCCAUCGUAUCGUCGUCAUAGAGAAAGGAGAAGUCAAGGAACAAGGCACUCACAGGGAACUACUUGCAAGAGGAGGGAUGUACGCCAGUCUGGUUAAACGGCAGAUUCUUGGAUUUGAUCAGAUGGACUAGAACACAAACAGUAACGCUGAAGAUAAACAGUAUUUGGAAGGGACGAAUCCUCCGUGAUUAAACCAUCGGACUACAGGCUGUUAGGCACAGGAUUGGCAGCGUGGUACCGGCUCCCACCCAGAGUGAGUUUUAAUGACUCGAUGGGUAGGUGUAAGACCACUACACCCUCUUCUCUCUCAUUGAUAACUAAUGCACUGUCCUGGACCAGAUAGCUACGGUGUGUGCCCAGUCCAGCAUGCUUGAACAUUAAUUGCAUACAAGCACGAAAAUAAGUAAAGAAAGGAAAAGAAAGGUUGAUCAUACAUCUUGUUAAAAAAACCUACAGAAAAAACUGGCUGUAAAAUAGAGAUCACACUGGAACAAAUUUUAGUUUAACAAUAUUUAGAUUUGUAGAGUAUUUCCGUAAAUAUUUAUUAAAAUGUGGUUAAUUUCAUUAGCCAAAGACUAAA